AUGGCGGCGGUGCCUGAGCCCGCGGCGGCCGGCCCCAGCGCGAGUGAGGCGCCCAGCUCGCUGCUGCUGGUGGUGGGCGGAGAGUGCGGGUGCCCGGGGCUGCUGGCCUACGUGCUGGAGGAGCUCGAGCGAGGCAUUCGGUCCUGGGACAUUGACCCUGGCAUCUGUAGCCUGGAUGAGCAACUCAAGGUCUUCGUGUCCCGGCACUCAGCAACCUUCUCCAGCAUCGUGAAAGGCCAGCGCAGCCUACACCACCGUGGAGACACCUUGGAGACCUUGGUCCUCUUGAACCCAUCCGACAAAUCCCUGUGUGAUGAGCUUCGGAACCUCCUGUUGGACCCUGCCCCUCACAAGCUCCUGGUACUCGCUGGGCCCUGCCUGGAGGAUACUGGGGAACUGCUGCUCCAGACAGGGGGCUUCUCAUCCCGCCACUUCCUUCAGGUUCUGGGGGACAAAGAGAUCCAGGAUCUACUGGUCUCAGCAUCACCUCCUACAGAGCCUUCCAAGCUUACCAUCACCUGUCCAACCUUCGGGGACUGGGCCCAGCUGGCUCCUGAAGUGCUGGGCCUCCAAGGGGUGCUGCAGCUGCGACUAAACCCACCAGGGCAGCUGCCAGCCUCUGAGGGCCUGCGUGAGUUCCUAGAGUACGUGGCUGAGUCACUGGAACCGCCGUCUCCCUUUGAGCUGCUUGAGCCACCAGCUUCCGUGGGCUUCCUCAGGCUCGCUCGGCCCUGCUGCUACAUCUUCCCUGGGGGUCUCGGUGAUGCUGCCUUCUUUGCCGUCAAUGGCUUCACUGUGCUGGUUAACGGUGGCUCAAACCCCAAGUCGAGCUUCUGGAAACUGGUGCGGCACCUGGACCGGGUGGAUGCUGUGCUAGUGACCCAUGCAGGCGCUGACAGCCUCCCUGGCCUCAACAGCCUCCUGCGGCGCAAACUGGCGGAGCGGGAGGAGGCAGCAGCUGGUGGGGGCUCUGGGGAUGACCGUCUGCGCAGACUCAUCUCCCCAACCCUGGGGGUGGUGUUUCUCAAUGCCCGUGUGGCAGCUUCACGCCUGGUAUGCGGUGAGGAUGAGGCAGAGCUGGCCCUGAGCCUCCUGACUCGCCUAGGCCUCACGCCCCUGCCCCUGAGCCGUGGGCCUCUGCCAGCCGAGCCUACUGUGCUUUUCCAGAAGAUGGGUGUGGGCCGGCUGGACAUGUAUGUGCUGCACCCACCCGCAGCUGGAGCUGACCAUUCUCUGGCCUCUGUGUGUGCCCUUUUGGUAUGGCACCCUGCUGGCAUUGCAGAGAAGGUGGUACGUGUGCUGUUUCCUGGCUGCACACCACCUGCUCGCCUCUUGGAUGGUCUGGUGCGCUUGCAGCACUUGGGGUUCUUGAGGGAGCCUGUGGUGACGCCCCAAGAUCUGGCAGGACCUCGGCGUGCUGAGAGCAAGGAAAGCGUGGGCUCCAGGGACAGCUUGAGGAGAGAGAGCCGGACAAAAGCACCUGCCAGGCCUGUCCAGGAGCGCUCUGGGGUGGCCCGGAAGGAACCACCGCGGGCUGAGGCCCCUCGAAGGGCUGAGAAAGAAGUUAGGCCCCCCCGGGAGCUGAAGAAGGAACCCAAGCCUAGUGUCCCUCGGGCCCAGCCCCAAGUCCGUGAAGUGCGCCGGGCAGCCUCUUCUGUGGUCAAUGUCAAGAAAGCAGGUGCCCAGGCAGCCCCUAAGUCUCGCAGAGCACCUGCUUCCACCAGCCUGGGUGGCCCACCAGCAGAGAAUGGACCCCACAGCCCCCCGAGCUUCCAGUGCAGAGAGGCCAGCCCUCCCUCAGAGACCCACAGUUCCCCUGCCCCCCAGCAGGUGGCCGCACCUAGUCAAGAGAGCAGCCUGGAACUGGGGCUGAACCUUGCCAGGGAGAAUGCAGGCAACUCACAGGAGAAUUCUCUGGAACUGCCAUUAGUCAACAGCACCCCCCAGCCAUGUACCCCCUCGCCUGUGGAAGCCCACCAGGGCCCAGCCGAGGGCAGUGGGCGGAUGUCCCUGAGCCCCCUGCGGGGUGGGGAAGCUGGGCCAGAUGCCUCACCCACAGUGACUACACCCUCACUGCCUGCUGAGGUGGGCUCUCCACACUCCACAGAGGUGGACGAGUCCCUGUCUGUUUCUUUUGAGCAGGUGCUGCCACCAGCUCCUGCCACUGCCAAUGAGACCGGGCUGAGCCUCCCACUGCGGGGCCCCAGGGCUCGGCGUUCAGCUUCCCCACACGAUGUGGACCUGUGCCUGGUGUCGCCCUGUGAGUUUGAGCACCGCAAGGCUAUGUCCAUGGCACCAGCUCCUGCAUCGCCUGGGAGCUCCAACGACAGUAGUGCCCGGUCCCAGGAGCGAGCAGGGGCUCCAGGGGCUGAGGAAACGCCACCCACGUCUGUCAGCGAGUCCUUGCCCACCCUGUCUGACUCAGACCCACUGCCUGCUGCCUCUGGCACUGUGGACUCAGAUGAGGACACAGAGGGCUUUGGGGUCCCUCGUCGUGACCCCCUACCUGAGCCCCUCAAGUUUCCCCCACCUCUGCCCACUCCGCCCAGCAUCUGCAUGGUGGACCCUGAGAUGCUGCCCCCCAAGCAGGCCCGAGUAGCGGAAGCCCUCAGCCGUACCCGCAAGUCCCUUGUCCGCACCAACCCCGGGACUACCGCCCCCAAAGCCACUCCAGUGACCACUGCCAAAACCAAGGGACUGGCAAGUGGGGACCGGAACAGUCGACCCCUCAGUGCCCGGAGCGAGCUCAGUGACAAGGGAGGUCGGGCACCCCUGUCCAGGAAGUCCUCAGCCCCCAAGACAGCUGCUCGAGGCCCAACUGGGGCAACCAGCAGCCGUCCAGGAGGAUCAGCAGCUUCAUCUGGCUCUCCUGUCUACCUUGACCUGGCCUACCUGCCUAGUGGGAGCAGCACCCGCCUGCUGGAUGAGGAGUUCUUCCGGCGCGUGCGUGCCCUCUGCUAUGUCAUCAGUGGUCAGGACCAGUGCAAGGAGGAAGGCAUGCGGUCUGUAUUGGAUGCACUGCUGGCCGGCAAGCAGCAGUGGGACCGUGACCUCCAGGUCACCCUGAUUCCUACCUUCGAUUCAGUGGCGAUGCAUGAAUGGUAUGAGGAGACGCAUGCCCGGCACCAGGCUCUGGGCAUCACGGUGCUGGGCAGCAACAGCACUGUAUCGAUGCAGGAUGAGGCCUUCCCUGCAUGCAAGGUGGAGUUCUAGUACCUCCCCACUGCCAGAACCUGCCACUGUUCUGAGAUUCUCCUGCAUCAGAAAUAAACCAGGUACUUCAAUUGGCUGUAGCCUCACUUCCUCGUACCAAUGGGAUUCUUUGUCUGAGACAGUGGGCCCUCAGUCCCAGGGGACAGAUUCUGAGGACUCCCUGGUGGCUCCAGGUCAGACCUAGGGGUGAGAGUACCUCUCAGGUAACAAUCAUGCUGUCUACCGCCUUCCGGUCUAACCCAGUGACCAUAAGGGUCCAUUUGACAGACUGGGAAGGUGGCAUUCCCCCCAAAGUCAACUGCAGGACCCCUGUCACACAAACCAGUCAGUGCCGAAGUGAGCUGUGAACCCAGUCUCUGCUCCAAAGCCAUUAAACCAGUGAAACUCCAUCUCAGAAACCAUUGACACUUAUGGCAGGAGAGGCACACUCUGCAGGAAGGGCUUCAGAGGGAUCCCCCCUUCCUGUCUCUGUACCAAGAUAAAAACACCUAGAUAGAGUAUUAGACAAGGUCCCAUCAAGAUGGAUUGAAUGGCUACCCCAAAACCACAUUAGUCUGAACCCCAAUACCUGUGAGUAUCCCCACAAAUGGAAAAAGACUCUUUGUGAAUAUGAUUAAAUGAAGGAUCUUGAGAUAAGGUCAUCCUGGAUUAGGGUGGCCCUAAAUCCAAUGACAAGCAUCCUAAGAGACAGAAGAGGAGAUUCGGAGAAGGCACAUGAAGCCUGAGGUAGAGAGUGCAGUGCUAGGACUCCAAGCACAGGACACUUGGAGCCAUCAGAAGCUGGAAGAGUCAGGAAAGAUCCUUCCAUUGAACUUUCAGAAGGAACCAGCCCUGCCCACACAUGGAUUUCAGAUUCCCAGUGUCUAGAACUGGGAGAGAAUAAAGUCCUGUUUGUAGUCUCCAAAUACAUGAUCAUUUGUGAUGGUGGCCCAAGGACACACCGCACAGCAUGGUCUAACCUCAUUGCGUCAGCACAUGCUCUCUUCCUGCAGACGGUGACUGGAUCGCUGUGUGGCCGGCUGCAUGGGCUUCCGUGGUACAGGCUCCUCUGCAUCACAGUCCGUGUCUGAGUGCGUUCAGACUGCUGUCAGAGUACACUUGUCUCCCUUCAUCUAAGGUGUCAGUCACAAUCAACCAUGGUCCAAAAAUAUUUCAUACAAUAAGAUAUUUUGACGGACCACAUUUACCCAAAUUUUACUAUACUCUAUACAUUAUAUUUGUUAAAAUUGUUCUAUUUUUAAUUUUUGUUUUUAUUCUCUUAAUCUGCCUGAUUUAUAAUUUAAACUACUGGAGGUAUGUGUGUAUAGGAAGAAACAACACAUGUAGGGUGUCAGACUGUCCAUGGUUUCACACAUCCACUGGGGAUCGUGGAACAGGUCCUCUGAGGAUAAGGGGGACUACUGUACACAGAUUGGGGCAUGGGGGGUGUUUAAACAACACAUUUCUCACAGUUCUGGGGGCUGGGGAAUCUAAGAUCAAGGUGCCACAGAGUUAGUUUCUGGUCAGGAUUCUCUUCCUAACUUGGAGGUGAAAGGCCUUCACCCUGUGUACAGACAUGGCCAGGGGGAGGAACACUAGUCGGCAAGUUUUCUGGAGCCGAUAUAAGAGUGCUGAUCCCAUCAUGGGGAACCACCCUCAUGAGCCCAUCUAACUCUAACUACCUUCCAAAGGCCCCACGUCCAGACACUAUUACCUUGGAGAUUAGGACAUUCACAUACAAAUUUUGAAUUUGUGGGGAAUACAUAAAACUGGGGAUCAGAGUUGCAGGGCCAGCAGCAAGCAUGAAGAUUUCAACAAAGGAUUGGUUUCAGCACCUGGCAACUUCCUAUGGGAGCCAGGUAAACAAUCACUGGUAAUUUCAUGAGAAAUGUGGAGACCUAUCUCUGGGCCUGGUAGUCAGGAUGGGCAGAUAGACAUUGGGUGAUCCUAUGGGAGCCCCAGGAGACACAGGAGAACACUGUGGACACUGAGAACACGGCGGUGAUGCCCGGGAACCGGUACCUGGUCACCAUCUCAGUGCACACAUGGUGGCCAGGAGGGGGCGCAGUGACAAGCAGGGCUUCAGAGGCCCUGGGAUCUGGAUCAGAGACUGCAACCACCUCUCAUCACCAUUUCUACCCUCUACUUCCAGGGAAAUUUUCAGGGAAGGAAGUCCUGGGUCUUGCCAAGUUGACUCAACACAAAGUCAGCACUGGCCACUUCUGCUGCCAGGCAGGGUGGGUUAUGUUCCUUGCCCUCCUAUGAUCACUUAGUCCCAGUCUCCAGGUGGGUCAUUUCAUACACAAGGCUGCAUCCCCCCGAUUUUCAUUUUGCCUAAACUGUCAAGUGGGGGUGGCGUCUUCUCAUUUCUUUCCUAACCAGGGAG